AAACGUAUUAUCAGUCUAUAACUGCAUUAGAUUCUCAGCUUUAUUUCUUAACUUGAAACAUUAAAUGCCCAGCCCUUGACAAUCUUGUCAAUACCUUUUGCUGCUCUCUCCACCCUUCCGUUGUCUACCAAUCAACUCUUCACCUGUAACCACCUAUCCGUCGCCAGCUCUCAUCCCACUCCUCCUCCUUGCUGUAGACAAACUAACUGCAAAGAAAUUGCUCAUAAACUACAGCAAAGAAUCAAAAGGUAGCGAGGGGGGUUUAAAAGAAAAUUGAGAAAAUGUCCACUGGAAAACAAGACGUGAUUAUCAUUGGUGGGGGCUUGUCUGGUCUGUCAGCUGCCAAGCUGCUGAUAGAGGAAGGCCUGAAAGUGCUAGUGUUAGAAGCGCAGGAUCGUGUUGGUGGAAGGACAUACACAGUUCGAGGUCCAGAGUUCCAGUACGUUGACUUAGGGGGAGCAUAUAUUGGACCGACACAAAACCGGAUUUUGCGUUUGGCCAAGGAGCUGGAAAUAGAGACUUACAAAGUAAAUGAGAAAGAGAAACUGAUUCACUUUGUAAAGGGGAAAUCUUACCCAUUUAAUGGGCCAUUCCCUCCUGUGUGGAACCCGAUUGCUUAUAUGGACUACAACAACUUCUGGAGAACUUUGGAUGACAUGGGAAAUGAGAUUCCUGCAGAUGCACCAUGGAACACUCAACGUGGAGAAGAGUGGGAUAACAUGACCAUGAAACAGUUAAUUGACAAACUUUGCUGGACCAGAACGGCGAGGGAAUUUGCCACACUCUUUGUCAAUGUGAAUGUCACUUCAGAGCCUCAUGAAGUAUCUGCACUUUGGUUUCUGUGGUAUGUGAAACAAUGUGGAGGGACGAGACGAAUAUUUUCUACCACUAAUGGAGGCCAGGAAAGGAAAUUUAUUGGCGGCUCAGGACAAAUAAGUGAGCGUCUGGCUGAAAGAAUGAAGGACAGUGUGAGAUUGAACAGACCGGUGGUGGGAGUUAAACAAGCGGAGGGUACUGUUGACGUGGAGACGCUGCAUGGAGAGAGGUACAAGGCAGAUUAUGUCAUCUGUGCUAUUCCUCCCGCCCUCACCCAGCAAAUCCACUUCAGUCCUCCAGUGCCUCCGCUUCGUAACCAGUUGAUUCAGCGGGUGCCGAUGGGCUCCAUCAUUAAAUGCAUGGUCUACUACAACCAGCCAUUCUGGAAGGAGAAAGGUUUCUGUGGAACCAUGAUGAUCGAAGAUGAGGAGUCACCUAUUUCCAUGACACUGGAUGACACCAAGCCUGAUGGUUCACAUCCUGCAAUUAUGGGGUUUAUACUGGCGAGGAAGGCUCGACUCUUGCUUGAUCUCACCAAAGCAGAGAGGAAGAAAAGAAUUUGCCAGAUUUACGCAAAAGUUCUGGGAACAGAGGAAGCCCUGUAUGCUGUUCAUUAUGAAGAGAAGGACUGGUGUGCAGAGCAGUAUUCAGGUGGCUGCUACACUGCAUAUUUCCCACCCGGAACGUUUGUUCAGUUUGGCAGAGUUCUACGAGAGCCUUUUGGGAGACUCUACUUUGCCGGCACCGAAACGGCUACCAAGUGGAGUGGGUACAUGGAUGGAGCGGUACGGGCUGGGGAACGUGCUGCCAGAGAGGUAAUGUGUGCAGUGGGAAUCAUUCCAGAGGCAGCAAUAUGGAGUCUCGAGCCUGAGGUUCAAGAAAUUCCAACUCAGCCGAUGACCAUGACUUUCUGGAUGCGACACCUGCCCUCUGUUCCAACAUUCCUGCAGCUGCUGGGCUUGUCCACUUGCCUGAGUGUGAUUAUUGUGGCCAUGACCAGGAAAAACCUGUUCAUACAGAGGGUAAUUGGACUCUAUCUACAUGUGACUUAAACUAGUUUUGAGUGCAAAGUGAAAAGGGUAAAGAUGAUGACGAGCCCUGUGAAUUCACUCUCAACAUUGGGUAAAAUUGUGCCACAGUGAAUGAUGUCUCCCCAACGUAUUCAACAGUAACUCUCCACUUAAGAUCUUUAUAGAUGGUUCAUGUUUAAAAAAUAUAUAUAUAUAUAAUCCCUGUUGCCUUUCCAAAAAUGAUGAAUUGUUGUAUCUUUGUUGAAUGUAAAAAAUAAAAAUAAUGUUUCAAUCUAUUGUGUCUGUAAUGUGACUCGCCACAUUCAGAAGGGGAUCUGGUUUGUAUUCGUUCACCAGUAGGCAACCCACCCCUGGAUCCAGGGACUCUGCAAUUAUCCUUCUACGUGCAACUCCACUCUGAGGAUUAAGUUCUAUGAAAUCACUCAGCAAUGUAAUUUAUAGCUCUGGUUUGCAGUCUCUGCAAUGAGAGAAUUGCCACCAGAUCUUGGUGUCACUUGGUUCCGAGAAGCAGUCUCAGAAAUUGUGGAACACACUGAGGAAAAUCCUCCUCCUAACUUCUAACUUGCUGUGGAGGGGCACAAGGGUUUCUUACAAUACUCUCAGCAGAUAAGGCACCCGAUAUGGAAAGAAAAACAGAGUUGAUGCUUCAGGUCCUCAGAAGAGUCCUAGACCUGAAACUUUGACUUUGUUUCUCCUUCCACAGUUGCUGCCUGAUCUGACUAUUUCUCGCAUUUUCAUUUUUUAUUUCAGAACUUUGGCAUCUGUGUUUUUUCUGUUUUUUAUUUGCAACAGAGCCCUCGUCUCUGCAGUUCUGAUUUUUUCUUCUGGGCAGGCCAGCCCCUUGGUACAGAUAGCAGAUGGUAAUUCUAUCCCAACUGUUAUGAAAUAAUAUUGGGGAGAAGUAGAAGAGUGGAGAUGUUCCCUUUUGAUUUGUUUGUGUCUCAGAGCAUUGUUGAAAAGCACUUACUCAAGAGAAUCUUUGAAAGGUCAAACUCGACUGCCCUAGUAGAUUGUGUCUCUUUUACAUGUUUUAUUUCAAUGCUUUCACCAAUAGUUAUGUAAAUAAUGCUCCCAGAAAAUUUGGAUGCCUCUUUAGCUGCAAGCCAUUGGCAAAUUUUGUUGUAAGUAAUAGCAGUAUGAAUCACAUUGCAAGUGUUUCUCUACCACUGAUUCCAAGUUUAACACAGAUGAUGAAAUAUUGCAGUAAGGUGCCUACUCGAGUUAGGAUUCAGGACAGGUAAGCUGACAUGAGCCAUAUGACCUUUGCUGUUCACAAUUUGUGCUGAUUCCACUCAGCUUGUUGGAUUAUCCGUUGCAACCAGUGAGAAAAUGUAAGAGUUAAAAUUCUGCAUGGUUGUGUAGAAAGGAUACCUGCAGUUGUAAUAGAACGUUGAGCCAGGGGAGGGAGCCAAGCGACAAUUCAACAGAUAAAUGAAAUGCUGGAAGGAGAAUCAGUGGUUCAUGAAAUAGUGACGCAAUUGCUUCAGAAUUGAAUGUCACCCUCUUUUGGUGCACCAAGCGUGAGCUAUGUACAAAGCUAACGCUCACUCGGUCCUCUGCGGACCUAUGAAAUUGGAAUAGCGUUCAUUAAAUUAGUUUUAUGAUAUUUUGAAUAUAAAUCAUGUGCUGAAACAAGAUUUAUGCAGACAAUCUCUAAAAGCUGCUUAAAAAAACAUGUAGCUGCUGCAACAUUAAGAGGAGCAGUGGAUGUUAAAGUGCUCUCCCCAUGGCCACCACAGAACAGCUGCGUGGAAAACUGUUAUAGAAGUGAAGGAAACACGGGACUUUGUUCUCUCACACCCACUGCCGAAUGGGUUACACUUAUCACGUCUCGGGCUACGAGUGACCUUGUGUCACUGUGAGAUGAGGGUUGAUGAAACGGGGGGUGAUCCGUGGGAGCUUGCUCUGAUGUGAAUUGUGCAGAAAGGCUGUAUAGAGGAAGGGACUACAAGAGACUGCAGAUGUUGGAAUCCAGAACAAAAAAAAAUCUAAUUGCAGGAGGAACUCAGAAGGUCGAACAGUAUCUGUGGGGAUAAAAGAAUUGGUAAUUUUUUGAGUUGAGAUCUUGCAGCAGGACUAAGAGCGGAGAUAAAUAUUAGCCAAUUUAAAAUAUGAUCGUAGGGGUGAAAUGAGCGUAGGUGAGAAGUGCUCUAAGGAGGGGUUAGGGAUGAUGGCCGGGUGGAGCCAGCUGGGGGGGAUGUGGAGGGAAGGAGUUGGGAGGCAGAGGCAGGUGGAUGGUAGAAAGAGCCAGACAAGAAAAAUAAAACAGCCCCUCCCCGGGCACUUUCCGUUGCAGCCGCAAGAGAUGCAACACUUGUCCCUUAACCUCCCCCAUCGACUCCAUUCAAGGACCCAAGCAGUCGUUCCAGGUGCGACGGAGGUUCAUCUGCAUCUCCUCCAACCUCAUCUACAGUGGCUUGCAAAAGUAUUCAUACCCCUUGAACUUUUCCACAUUUUGUCACGUUACAACCACAAACGUAAAUGGGAUUUUAUGUGAUAGACCUACACCAAGUGGCACAUAAUUGUGAAGUGGAAGGAAAAUGAUACAUGGUUUUCAAAUUUUUUUACAAAUAAAAAACUGAAAAGUGUGGCGUGCAAAAGUAUUCAACCCCCUUUACUCUGAUACCCCUAAAUAAAAUCCAGUGCAACCAAUUGCCUUCAGAAGUCACCUAAUUAGUAAAUAGAGUCCACUUGUGUGUAAUCUAAUCUCAGUAUAAAUACAGCUGUUCUGUGAAGGCCUCAGAGGUUUGUUAGAGAACAUUAGUGAACAAACAACAUCAUGAAGCCCAAGGAACACGCCAGACCGGUCAGGGAUAAAGUUGUGGAGAAGUUUAAAGCAGGGUUAGGUUAUAAAAAAAUAUCCCAAGCAUUGAACAUCUCACGGAGCACUGUUCAAUCCAUCAUCCGAAAAUGGAAAGAGUAUGGCACAACUGCAAACCUACCAAGACAUGGCCGUCCACCUAAACUGACAGGCCGGGCAAGGAGAGCAUUGAUCAGAGAAGCAGCCAAGAGGCCCAUGGUAACUCUAAAAGAGCUGCAGAGAUCCACAGCUCAGGUGGGAGAAUCUGUCCACAGGACAACUAUUAGUCGUGCACUCCACAAAUCGGGCCUUUAUGGAAGAGUGGCAAGAAGAAAGCCAUUGUUGAAAAAAAGCCAUAAGAAGUCCCGUUUGCAGUUUGCCACAAGCCAUGUGGGGGACACAGCAAACAUGUGGAGGAAGGUGCUCUGGUCAGAUGAGACAAAAAUUGAAGUUUUUGGCCUAAAUGCAAAACACUAUGUGUGGUGGAAAACUAACACUGCACAUCACCCUGAACACACCAUCCCCACUGUGAAACAUGGUGGUGGCAACAUCAUGCUGUGUGGAUGCUUUUCUUCAGCAGGGACAGGGAAGCUGUUCAGAGUUGAUGGGAAGAUGGAUGGAGCCAAAUACAGGGCAAUCUUGGAAGAAAACCUGUUAAGAGUCUGCAAAAGACUUGAGACUGGGGCGGAGGUUCACCUUCCAGCAGGACAACGACCCUAAACAUACAGCCACAGCUACAAUGGAGUGGUUUAGAUCAAAGCAUAUUCAUGUGUUAGAAUGGCCCAGUCAAAGUCCAGACCUAAAUCCAAUUGAGAAUCUCUGGCAAGACUUGAAAAUUGCUGUUCACAAACGCUCUCCAUCCAAUCUGACUGAGCUUGAGCUAUUUUGCAAAGAAGAAUGGGCAAAGAUUUCAGUCUCUAGAUGUGCAAAGCUGGUAGAGACAUACCCCAAAAGACUUGCAGCUGUAAUUGCAGCAAAAGGUGGUUCUACAAAGUAUUGACUCAGGGGGGCUGAAUACUUUUGCACGCCACACUUUUCAGUUUUUUAUUGGUAAAUAAAUUUGAAAACCAUGUAUCAUUUCCUUCCACUUCACAAUUAUGCACCACUUUGUGUUGGUCUAUCACAUAAAAUCCCAAUAAAAUACAUUUACGUUUGUGGUUGUAACGUGACAAAAUGUGGAAAAGUUCAAGGGGUAUGAAAACUUUUGCAAGCCACUGUAUUGCAUCCGCUGCUCUAGAUGUCAGCUGAUCUACAUCGGUGAGACCAAGCGGAGGCUUGACGAUCGUUUCGCCGAACACCUCCGCUCGACCCGCAUUAACCAACCUGACCUCUCGGUUGCUCAGCACUUCAACUCCCCCUCCCAUUCCCCAUCUGACCUCUCUGUCCUGGGUCUCUUCCAUGGCCAGAGCGAGCAACACCAGAAAUUGAAGGAACAGCACCUCAUAUUCCGCUUGGGUAGUCUGCAUCCUGCGGGCAUGAACAUUGAAUUCUCCCAAUUUUGUUAGCCCUUGCUGUCUCCUUCCUCAGCCCUCGGGCUAUCUCCUCCCAUCCCUCAGCCUUCGGGCUCCUCCUCCUUUUUCCUUUCUUCCC